AUGUUGGGCAAUCGCCGUCUCACUGCCCUCCUGGCAGGGUGCUUGCCGCUGCUUCCCACCAGCGCCAACCCCAUCUCAAGCCAAGAGCCAAAGUUGGGUGCCGUUGCCUCUGAGAAUGCCGUCUGCAGUCAAAUCGGCAUCCAGCUCCUCAAGGAUGGAGGCAAUGCCGCCGACGCCUUGGUGGGCACCGUCUUGUGUGUCGGUGUCAUCGGCAUGCAGCACAGUGGAAUUGGAGGCGGUGGCUUCAUGCUUGUCCGGAGCAGCAACGGGAGCUACGAGUUCAUUGAUUUCCGCGAGGUGGCACCCGCUGCCGCUUUCCAGGACAUGUACGUCAACAACACCGAUGCCAGCUUGUAUGGCGGUCUCGCCAGCGGAGUGCCUGGCGAGCUGCGCGGUCUCGAGCACCUGCACAAGAAGUACGGCAAACUGCCCUGGGAGUAUGUAGUGAAGCCUGCCAUCAAGGUUGCCCGCUAUGGCUUCAGGGUCAACGAGGACCAGGUCCGCUACAUGAACUCCGUGUCUGGAAGCUUCUUCACCGACGACCCCUCAUGGGCCAUUGACUUUGCCCCCCACGGUCGCAGGGUGCAACUCAACGACACCAUGACCCGCAAGCGCUAUGCCGACACUCUCGAGGUCAUCUCCAAGGAAGGCGCCGAUGCCUUUUACACUGGGGCCAUCGCCAAUGCCACCAUCUCGGCUCUGAGGAACUCCAACGGAACCAUGACGCUGGAAGACCUGGCAAACUACACAGUUGCCCUGCGAGAGCCCUCUGCCAUUGACUACCGCGGCUAUAAGCUGACCAGCUGCGGUGCACCCGCUGGUGGUUCCGUGGCCCUCAGUGCUCUCAACAUUGUGAGCGGCUACUCGGGAUUUGGCGACCCUGCCCAGAUCAACCUCACUACCCACCGCAUUGACGAGGCCAUGCGGUUUGCAUAUGGACAGAGGACCCUGUUGGGUGAUCCCUCCUUUGUCAACGGCACCUUGGAGUACCAAAAGUCCAUGCUUUCCGAGGCUACAGGUGCAGAGGUCCGAUCCAAGAUCUUGGACUACACUACGCAAAAUGUUUCGGCGUACGACCCUUCGGGCUACGAGAGUCUCGAGACCCCUGGCACCAGCUACGUCGCUACUGCCGAUGCGAGCGGCCUCUCCAUCAGUCUCACAACGACCAUCAACACCUUGUACGGAUCGCAGGUCAUGGUCCCCGAGACGGGAGUCAUUAUGAACAACGAGAUGAACGACUUCUCCAUCCCUGGAAGCUCGAACGCUUUUGGCUAUAUCCCCAGCGAGGCCAACUAUAUUGUUCCGGGUAAGCGACCGCUGUCGUCCAUCUCUCCAACCAUUGUCGAGACGCCUGAGGGUCGUCUCUACCUCAUUGUCGGAUCCGCUGGUGGUAGCCGCAUCAUCACGGCAACGAUUCAGAAUAUCCACCAUGUGCUAGACCAGAAUAUGACGGCGCCCGAGGCCUUGGCCCAGCCGAGACUGCACGACCAGCUCGUGCCAAACCUGGUCUCGUUCGAGUAUGCGUACGACAACAGCACUGUUGCGUACAUGAAGAGCCUCGGUCACAAUGUUACCUGGGUCGCACCGGGUUCCAGCACGGCCCAGGCGGUGAGACUGCUGGCCAAUGGUACAUUCGAGGCGGCAGGAGAGCCGAGACAGGUGAACUCGGGUGGCUUUGCCAUUUAA